AUGCAGAUCGUCUGGCGCGGCUCGGCCGAUCCGGCCGUCUACGAAGAAGCGCGCGUGGGCCGGGUGUUUAACAACCGCCGUCCUGAUCGAUACCCAAUCGCGGUCGUCAAGGCCAGCUGCACCGCAGAUAUAGUGGCAGCAGUCAAGCUCGCCAAGGAGAGGAAUUGCCGCGUUGCCGUACGCUCUGGUGGCCAUUCCUGGGCUGGGUGGAGUGUCCGCGACGAGUCCAUCCUCGUCGACCUGGGUAACUACAAGUACCUCGGGGUGGACGCGGAAAGGUGCAUAGCUUCUGCAUCGCCUAGCAUGACGGGCAAAGAGAUCAAUGGACGGCUCAUCCAUGAGUACGGGCUGAUGUUCCCCGGGGGCCAUUGUCCGGAUGUUGGAUUGGGAGGCUUUCUGCUCCAGGGAGGCAUGGGAUGGAAUUGUCGGGGCUGGGGCUGGGCAUGUGAGCGAGUGAAGGCCAUCGAUGUCGUGACGGCAGAGGGCGAACUGCUGCACUGUGACGAGAGUCAGAACGAGGAGCUGUACUGGGCAGCGAGGGGGUCGGGGCCAGGCUUUCCCGGCAUCGUCACACGAUUCCAUUUCGAAAUCCUCCCGUAUCCGAAGCAUGGAUUCCGCUCAUCUGGCUACGUCUAUCCGAUCAGCAAGUACCAUGAAGCGUUCAGUUGGGUCCUUGCAAUAACCCCCGACUUUGACCGCGAUACCGAGAUCACCGUGGUAAGCAUGUACCCAGAAGGCAGCGAGCAGAUAUGCCUCUUCAUCCUCCUAGUGACUCUCAAACACACCCCAUCGGAGGCAGAGGCAGCCCUCGCUCCAGCCCAGCAGUCGCGUCCUCCUGGUGCAAUCGAGGAGUGGUUCUGCCGGGAAGAUAGUCUGGAGAACCAGUAUACCAACCAAGCCAAGGCCAACCCUAAGGGCCACCGCUACUGCGCAGAGAACGCCUACCUGCAGAACGAAGCCGAUGUCCCCAGCGUGCUCGAAGAGGCUUUCACCACACUCCCCCAUCGCAAAGCCUUCGCGCUCUGGUACGCAAUGAAUCCAUGCAGUCGCCGCCAGCUGCCCGAUAUGGCGUUGAGCAUGCAAUCGGAUCAUUAUUUUGCUCUAUAUACAGUCUGGGAGGAAGAGGAAGAUGACGCGCGGUGCAUGGCCUGGGUGAAGAACGUCAUGAAGAGGGUGCAGCGGCACUCUGUGGGGGCGUAUUUGGGUGAUUCUGAUUUCCAGGAACGACAGACAAGAUACUGGGCUGAAAGUAAUGGGCGCCGGUUAAUGGAUAUCCGUCGUAGAUGGGACCCUACAGGCAGGAUCUGCGGAUAUCUGGACCACGGCGAUGCUUCGGGACCGCGGGGACCCAGUUUGGAUAUAUCUGAUCGUGCCUCCAUGAACUAG